CAAAAAAGACAGACCUCAUAGUUUCGUGUCGUCAUUUAUAACCCCGUACUGCCAAGGUCCGGCGACAAUGUGUCACGGACAUCCUCACUACCAUCCCUGCUCGCACACAUCGGUGAAAUGGCUUUAUUGUCCGGAAGCCAUGUUCGACUUAGACACGGGAUAUGAGACACCCUGCUCGAACCCGAUCUACUCGACACCACAGCCAACCAACAUCGACUGCCCCCUGCAGAACUGCAAUUUCAAGGCCCUACUGGGGAGUUGGAAUUGCUGUGUAUGCGGCAAAGGCCCCAACACCCAGGGAUGGUGCACCGCACUGGGCCGUAGGGUGGACUGGAAUCCGCUCACCAGGAAGGUUGAGGAUAUGGAAGUACCAUGCGGCCAUGGAUGCUGCAGUUCGUGCAGUCCCUCCGCAACGUCGCGAGGAACGAGUCCGGAAAUAUCGUUUGCGGAAGUUCGAAAGGGGAAAAACAGCCGCAAGGUUCACAGCACUUCUCGGAGCUCUGCGCACAAGCGAGGAACAGCGUACGACUUCAGCCACAUUAACACGAGUUGCCCUACUGUUCCCGAAGAAACAGAGCUUGUUAGUUUAUCGCCAACAACGAAUCCAAGCCCCCGAGGACUUCGUCGGUCUAGUCACGAUACGGGAACUGAGUAUUCGAAGAAACAAAAAACCCAGACUGGGAAAAAGAAACCGCACAAGAGCCGUGGUCAUCAUUAAGUAGAUUGUAUAUAUGCAGGUACCCUCCAUUAGGGCCAGGUACCUAAGUCGCUUGGAAAAAGGGGGAGAGCUUUGAGUAAAUGCAGCCAUCGAUACAAAUGAGGAAAGAGGGGCUUCAAAUCUUCUGACAACUUUCAAAUAUUUGGUAAUAGGCCAUUCAUUCGGUAAAACAGUCAGUUACGAUUGAAGGCAGAGCUGGGUGAUAAUAACCUAAUAAGGUAUCAUCCAACCCCCGUGAGCAGAACGAGAUGGAGAUGAGAUCUUUGAUAGACAUAUCAUAUAGCUCAAAGUAAAAGUGAGU